AUGGAGGCUGCAGAUCUUGUCCAGGAGCAGCCCGCCCCCAUUGUGGUGAUAGGGCGGAAAAACCCUAACUCCGACUCUAUCCUUUCUGCGGUGGCAUAUGCCCAUUUGCUCCAACGCCUUAUGCCACAUAGAACAAUAACCGCCGCUGCCGCUGGCCCCAUAAAUGCACAAGCCUCCUACGUCUUGAAGAGGUUUAAGACAAAGAGUCCUGAAAUCAUUCUCGACAUCACUCCCCGUGCCCAGCAUUUCAACAAGGACCAGCUAGUUGCCCUUACCGAAGAUGAGCCACUGUCGCGUGCCCUGGAGCUCUACUCCAUUUACAAGUUUCACGUUCUUCCGGUAAUUAAUAGCCAAGAUCAGUGCAUUGGACAGAUUGCGCUGACUGACAUGUUUUCUGACUUCUUGAGACCACACAGAGAGGGAGACCUCAAGAGUGUCAUCACUUCCCUCAACACAGUAAAGAAGACGGUAAGGGGCCGGUUUCUCUUUUCAUCGUCAAUAAGCAAUAAAUCGAGCUCAACCCCCAUGCGGCCAGGGCACGACCAGAUACGACGAUACAAUAUCAUCACACCUGUAACCGUCCCGGAAUAUUUUGCCACCCAGACCUCCCACUUCACUCCCGAAGACUGGCAGUCUUGUAUCUUCGUCGUCGGACACUAUCCGGAAGUCAUUGACAUGAUUAUACGCAAAGGAGGCGGGUGUAUCGUUCUCAGUCGUAGUAGCCAUGUUAUUGUUACUGCGAGCUCCCUGGACAGUCUUGUCAACGACAGCGACAGCAGCGACGACGAGUUUGGGGAUAACGACCAGGACCCGCGAGGUUCUUUGAGCCAUUCAAACUUACUGGCCACGCCAUCUCUGAGCAGUUCUUUGAUGACUCCAACGAUAGGCGCCGUUAAUACGGGAAUUAGGCGGAACUCCAGUAGCUCCACCUUGUCCUCUUCACGAAUCUUCACGGAGGAGCUCAUCAACAUGUUGAAACAAGGCAAGACGUCCGUUAUCCUCACAAACAUGGCCGUCUCGAGCGCAGCGAUCCUUGUUAAGCAGUCCACCCCGGUCGGUCUCUACGUUAACAAGUCCAAGCACUUAAUUGUGCCCGACACUAUGAUGCUAAGCGAAAUCAGAAAGAAGUUUGCCACGACUAAGGAGCGGGCCGUCUGUGUGGUUGACCCCUCGACAAACAAGCUCACAGGCGUUGUAACAGACAUGGAUCUUACAAAGAAGACACUCAUCGAGGUCGUGCUUGUUGACCAUAACGACAUAGGCGACUCCGUUCAGGGAAUAAAGUCCAGCGGGGUAGACAUAAUUGAAAUUAUAGACCACCAUAAGCUCAACAAUCCCACAACACCCACUCCGAUAAAGGUCACCAUAGACCAGGUGGGGAGCACCUGCACCAUAGUGACAAAGAUGUUCCGGGACAAUGGAAUUGUGCCCCCUGUGAACAUCGCAGGGAUCUUACUAUCUGGAAUAAUAUGCGACACCAUUGGCCUCAGAUCCCAGACAACAACCAUAUCUGAUAAGAAAAUGUGCGACUAUUUAAGCCAGAUUGUGGGAGUCAGCAGGCAUGAGCUAUCGCAGGAGAUCUUCACAGCAAGCUCUGUCCUGAUGAACUGUCAGAACAAGGAGAAACUGGUUCGUUCCGACAUUCUCUCGUUCGACUUUCCAAACAAGCGCGAGAAGAAGUUUGCGAUUGCAGAACUGCAGAUCACCCAAUACGAUAUACUCUCUCAGGGUACGCUGGCGGAGCUUCUUUCAAUAGCCGAAAAGAUUAAGGUGCACGACAAGUAUCAGUUCGUGGCCAUUCUUGCGACUAACAUUGAUCCUAAGCAAUCAGGAUGGUCCAGCCUAAUCUUCUACAGUGGCCCGGACUCCCUCAUAGCUGAGCUCGGGUACACGCUGUUUAACGGAAUGGAUGGGAUAUACGAGUCUCGUGACAUCACGAGCCGAAAGAAGCAGCUUCUCCCCCACAUUCUCAGCGCGCUGAGUACUUUGGUGUUGGAGCGGGACGAUUUGUAA